AUGACUUAUUAUAUAGAAGACAUUGAAUGUGAAGCAUUACAAAAUGAGUCUCUAAGUCAAAAAAAGAAAAAGUGUAGAAAGGAUGAUACUGUUGAACGUGCGUUGAAAGAAUGGUUCGUAAAAGUCAGAGAUAAAGAUGCUCACGUGUCAGAUCCUUUGCUUCGCCAAAAACCUGAAGAAUUGGCAGAAAAAAUGGGGAAGGUUAACUUCAAAGCGACAGAAAGGUGGUUCCAUCGGUGGAAAAAAAGAGAAAACAUUUCUUUCCAAAAAGCGCACGGAGAACAAGGUGACGCAGAUUAUAUGGGUGCAAAUUUUUGGUUAGAAAAUGAAUGGCCUUCACUUAUCUCCGAAUUUUCACCCUCUGAUGUGUUUAAUGCUGAUGAGACUGGCCUGUACUUUAGAGCACUUCCUGAAAAUACUUAUGUUUUUAAAAAUGAAAAAGCAAAGGGAACAAAAUCUUGUAAAGAACGAAUGACGCUUUUAUGUUGUGCCAGUAUGACGGGAGAAAAAAAAGAAACUGCUCAUUGUCGGAAGAGUAAGCAACCUCGUUGUUUCAAAGGAGUUAAAGCCUUACCUGUUGAUUAUACAGCAAAUAAAAAUGCAUGGAUGACUCGAGAAAUUUUUAGUCAGUGGUUGAUCAAAUGGGAUAAUGAACUAGACAGAAAAAUUGUAAUUUUUGUAGACAACUGCACGGUUCACAAUGUAAGUUUAAACUUGAAAAAAAUAAAACUGGUUUUUUUACCGGCUAAUACCACAUUACUUAUUCAGCUUUGUGAUCAAGGAAUUAUUCGUACGCUUAAAGCUUACUAUAGAUUAAAAAUGAGAAAAAGAGUAAUCACUCUAAUUGAUGAAAUGUCUGAAUGUGAAUCAACUUCGACUUUAAAAGCUAAUGACCUUUCUAAGAAAAUUAACGUUCUUGAGGCCUUACACUUAGCUAAUGAAGCGUGGAAUAAUAUUAGUGAUGUGAGUAUUCGAAAUUGUUUUCGUCACGAAGGCUUCAUCAAAACUGAGGAAGAGGAAGAAGAAGAAGAUGACCAAAGUAAAGACCUCACGUGA